UUCCACAUCCGGGUUAGGAACUGUUUACAAUGAAGAUGGCAGUGAGCUAAUGUUUGGUUUGUCGAAGGAAAAGUGGAUUCGCACUGGUUUAUUUUGAUCAAGCUGCUCCGCUUUUAGUCAGAAUGGCAUCCCAGACCCCAGCCACGGUGCGGCCGCAGCCGCCGGCCGCCAGCGCGGCGCCUCUCCGGGGGAAGAAGCGUCCAGGCAGUCCGGCGGUUUCAGGCGCUCAGCAGGCGGCAGGGAACAGCAACACCAGCGGCGGCAAAAAGAAGAAACCAACGCUGCCAGCCACGCCGACCACACAGACACAGAUAACUGCAGUUGAACCUGUGGCUGAGAUGAAGACAGUGGCAUCAGUGGACAGCGCUCCAACCACCACGGAGUCUACUGCAAAGCUUCCUCCCUUCAAAGACAACACGUUUAUGCACUCAGGGAUUGGUGGAGCAGCAGCCGGCAAAAAGAACAGGACCUGGAAGAAUCUUAAACAGAUUCUGGCUUUGGAGCGGACGUUGCCCUGGAAGCUCAAUGAUCCCAACUACUACAACAUUGAUGCUCCUCCCUCUUUAAAACCAGCAAAGAAAUACUCGGACAUCUCUGGCCUACCUGCAAACUACACAGAUCCACAGACAAAGCUGCGCUUUACAUCGUCUGAGGAGUUCUCCUACAUCCGUCUGCUCCCCACCGAUGUUGUCACAGGCUACCUGACCCUGCGAAAGGCAACAUGCAUCGUUCCUUGACAGCCGAGCAGAGCUCGAAGCCUGAAAACAGGUUUAGGGCAGUGAUGAUGGACUUUCAUCGAUAGCUGAGGAGGAAAUACGUUGGACGUGGAACCGCAGGAGGUUGCUGUUGAACUUUUGCACUGCAGCUAUGAGGACAGCAAUCUUAUAAAUACAAAAAGGAAGACUUUACUAUACUGUGUUUCAGUCAGUCCUUUGAGAGUUUCAGAAUGGUGUGAAGUCAUUCCAGCAGAAAAUUACCAGCAGACCUGUUUAAUUCAUGAGUGGGACAGAGAGUUUUACAGAUCGAAAAGAGUACAAACGUUAACUUCAAUACUUGAUGUUGUUUUUCCCAGCAAGUACUUCCUAAACCUUGGAAAAUUAUAGUUUGCCCCACAUUCAUUGGGAUCCCCAGCUAGUAGCGUGCUUUAGCAGUUUACUGUCCGAGUUUCUGCAAAGUUUUAUUUACAUUCUGGUGUUUUAAAGACUUUGGAAUGUGAUGCUUUGUAACAAAAAGUAAAAAAAAAAACAAACAGACCCACAGCUUCACAGAUCCUUUGUUAUACUUAAGAGUGGGUGUUGGACACUUUUCCACUUGAUCAUCUUUUGAGUUUACGCCAGACCCAUCUGGAUUGUUUGUUGCUGAAAGUCUUAUCUGACCAAAGCACAUGGUUCCAGUUAAAGUUCAAGUAGAGGCUUGCAAAAUUCACAUGAUUAUGUUUGUGAUGGUAGGACAAAAUAGGCUUUCUGAUGGGAUCCCUCUCAAUAAAAUGACAAGCAUGCAGAUGGCAUCUAAUGAACGUUACAGAGACUUUGUGACUCUGAAGUGUCACCGUUUGCUGCACUUUCAGCUUUCUGAUUGUGGUGAUCUUCAGAGAUUCAUUCUGCCUCCUUGACUAUUCUCCUACCUUUGCAUGUAAACAAUAUGGAUAUGGGUUCUCAUCCAGCCUAGCUGUCACAUGCUGAGAUAAACAAGUCUUUGUCCGUCAUGUUUUUACCCAAAGGAAACAAUCAAAACUUCCUAAAAAAGCUGAUCAACUUAAGAGGUUUGGUAACAGCUUGGUUGCUGACAGUACUGUGGGGCUUUUCAUCUAAAACAUCUGUAGAGCAUACAUUAUUGCAGUGUAUGUAAACCUGUCGGAAUCGCUGGUUUCCUUUCCUAUUGGUUAUGUGCUAAUAAGUUGUUUCUAAAAGUAAAGUUUUUAAUAAA